CGAAAAAACACUGAUGCCACCUAUUACUCUUAUCCAAUAUUCAAUGAAGAAAAUUCUGAUUUAAGGAUUACAAUGCUUCAUUUCAAUCUGGAAAACCCUUUUACUUUUAUGGAACAAGAAUUGUUGACAUUAGAACAUGAAAAUAAACGUUAUUCCCCUAAACCCACAGAAAUCGGUCAUAUUCGGGUAACAAUGCAGUAUAAGAUCUCUAAUCCUGAUAAAGAAGAUAACAGUGAUGACUGGAUUUCAUUUGGAUGGACACAAAUACAAUGUUUCACUGAAAAAGAAAACUCCAAAUCUGCCACAGAGACUGAUACAAAGAUUUAUCCUUAUAACUUAUGGGCAAGAGAAGUAAUAAAUCCAGUGGAACAAGGUUUAUGCCCAGAACCAUUACCUGAUCCUACAUGGACACUCACCUACCUUCUGAUACCUUUUAAUCACUUAUUUUACUACUUUUUUCCAACUUCUCUACCGCAGACUGAUAAACAUGAGUCACCCCAACUUUUACAAGGAUCUCGAAUCUCUCUACGUAUUUAUAAUCCAAAGAUUGAGACAGUACCAAAAGCUGUUGAUAAACCUUUAAUCUACAUAACUAGACGAAUUCAAGUCAAAGAAGCGGUUCAUGAAACUUUGGCUGAUAUGAUAGAUGGGGAAUAUCUUGAAGACGAAGAAAAUGAAGAACAAGACGUCAGGGUUAUUGAAGAGGUAAGUCCACCAGCUACUCCACUUGAUGAUCCAUGGGUCGCCUUCAAAAAACCUGCACCCUAUGAGAGACAAAUGAAGCCUUCAUCAACAUCUGAGACUUUUUGUAUCUACAUAGAUCAACUACGCUUCAUGCCAGAUGAUUCUACUAUUUUUAAGGUUACUGGUAGGUUACUAAACACAAAUUACGAUGAAGAAUUGAUUGAUAUUCUAAGUGUACCUGAAGAAUUGCCCAACAAUCAUGAAAACAGUAGAUCGCCAGUGUUUUCAUCAAAUCAACGUUUGAUAGUUAAUCUUGGAAAAAAUAAAAAUUUGGCGCGUAACUCUCUACUAUUUCUUAGGGUAUAUACUCUGACACUGAGAGAUCUUAAUUAUGUUGUUGUGGGUAAUUCUUUGUUAAAAAUCUUCAAUUCAGAUGGUUUGCUUAACAUAGGCGGACAUCAACUACGGCUAAGAUGUGAAGUACCAGCACCUGUUUCCAAAAAUGGUAAUGAAUACAUUUAUGGAGAAAAAGCGUUGGAUAAUAUACCCUACAUUCAUUGCGCAACAAUACUUGUUCGUCUUUUACCAUACACAGAGGAACCAAUACCAGCACCAGAUUACAAACUGAGAUCGUAUCAUUCACAGGAAUCUACACCUACAGAAUUUGAAUGGAUUGUAUACCGUCAGUUUCAAACUCAUGAAAAAAGGAAAAUAGAUAUACGUUCAAUAGUGAAGAUGAUAUUACGACGUGAAAAAGAGUUUGAAGCUUCUAAGGAUCAAGCUGAUUUUUUAAAUCCUGAUUAUUUACAUCGUUAUACACUAAAACGACUCUCUGUGAGACGAAAUUUGACGGGAAUCAAUAUACCAAAUCAAAUGGCUUCAAUCUUUCCAUUUUUCUAUCGUAUUAACGAAGGCUUUCUGUUGAGUUUAAAAAGUGCAAGGGGAUUAGUGGCAAAUAGAGGUGACUUUAUUUUUGCCCUAGCUAAAGUCAUACGUGGUUCUGAGACUAAUUCACUACCUGUGAAUAAAUUCUAUGGUUAUGGAAAUGAUGAUGACUUGUUGUUCGUUAAAGUGAACACUAAAUCUUAUCUUGGAAAUCCUGUAUGGGAAGAUGAACCGAAUCUCACUAAACCAUACUAUGAUUCCAAUGCUUUACUAGUGAUACAAAUAUUUCGAGUACCUCUCAUAUUCACAAUAGGUGGUUCAAUAAAUAUAAGUAAAACAGAUAAUUGGUUCACUGCACAAUUAGCUUCCGAUAUGAAGAGUAAACGACGAUCUUCGAAAUUACGAAAGACACAUCUAAUUGGUUGGUCAUUUGUGCGUCUCUUCGAAUGGGGAUUUCUGAGGAAUGGAACUCAUGAACUAUGUGUACUGAAACCACCAAUUCGUUCACGCACAUUGAGUAAAAUCCAGAAUGAUGAUGGAAAAGCUGCAGCGCUAUGGAGGACGGAUAGUCUUUUACAAAAUACAGUUUUAACCAUUCAUCUGCAAAAUGCACGUUUUCUUGAUUAUGUUGAAGAAAGGAAACCAGAACCACAGCCCAAUUAUUCUCAACUUCAAACUGAUCAACUUGAGAAAAUAAACGAAUUUAAUGAAUCCGAUGAAAAAGUGAAACAGUUGAAUGAAAUAAAUUUAGAUUCAAUGGUGAAGCAUAGAGCUAAAAAUGAUGUUAACUGGCUGGAGGAUAAUCAAGAUGCAGCCGAAAAGCUUUUAACAGAGAUACACGAACUUCUUAAAACACAAGUGGAAGACUGUCCAUCUAAACAAGAAUACAUGCCAUUAUUUGUUACAAGGUUAUAA